AUGUUUACACCUAAGCUGCUAAGAUCCGCCAUUGGCGGUUCCGCCAGGCUUCCAACGUUCAUUGGCCACCACGGCCAAUAUAGAAACCUUCAAUACCGCGAAUUAGCUACUGCAGCGACUCGGAAGUCAAAGAUGGUCGAUCUCAGCCGGGAGCUGUACCAUCGCAGCCCGGCUCAUCCAUUCCAUCCUCCUGUCAUUAUCACACCGUGGGACACCCAUCAAGAGAAAAAAGCAGGCAACACCAUCCUUCGCUCAGCGUCGUAUGCACUGUCCAUGAGCGAUCAUGCUGGUACGCACGUUGAUGCUCCGAAGCACUUUGGCCCUGGAGGCAAAUCCAUCGAUCAGAUGCCAGUCGAGGACUUCUAUACUUCGGCUAUCUGUCUCAAUCUCUCGCACGUGGAGCUCAAAGCUAGUAUCUCGGUAUCGGAAAUGGAAGAAGCAUUGUCCAAGUCUGGUGAAGAAAUCUACCAAGGCGAUACUGUGCUCCUCUAUAUGGCUUUCAACAAACGCAUUCACUUUGACGACCCUCGCUGGCAGCACGACUUUCCCGGUCUGUCCCUCGAAGCUGUGCACUGGCUUGCUGAUAAGGGCUGCAAGAUUUUUGGAGUCGAGGCUAUCAGUCCUGCACCUGAAGGUGAGCUGAACUUUCAGGCGCACAAUGCUUGUGGUGAGCGCGGUAUCACGCAUAUCGAGGGCUUAGACAAUCUUGAGCAGGUGCUUGGCAAGGGCAGGUUCACGUUCGUCGGGUUUCCUCUCCGAAUACGUGGUGGAAGUGGCGGGCCCAUGAGGGCGGUUGCUAUAUUCAAUGAUGCAUAG